AUGGCCACUAGGGGAGAGGCCAACCCGCAGCAGACACCACCCCUGUUACUAACCAUAGUGCUAACCCUGCUGCUAACCCCGAAGGUGCGGCCCCGAACGCAGAGGACGGACUCCUACGGAGCGGGUUGCUCCGACCCGAGGUCGCAGGGAGAAAACCUGGACAGCUACUACGACGAAGCCAGGUAUCUCAGCAAAGAACAAAUGAAGGCAUACAUAUACAAAAUGAAAAAGGAAAUUCAGGAAUAUAAACUGAGAGAAAUGAACUACAAAAUUGAAAUAAAAUAUCUGAGGAGGAAGAUAGAGAGGUUAAAAGGGAUUAUACAGAAUGAUACUUUUUUUUUAAAUCACCAGAGAGGGGGUUCCGUACGAAGUGACCACAGUGGGUUCUCCUUCAGGGGUGGCCUGAACAAUGUGAAUUCAGAACAGGGCAAGCAUGCCGGGUGGUACAGAAAGGGAAACAUUUCGGAGGGAAAUUACCACCACAGGGGAGUUACACAAAAGUAUGGCAGUAAUCGCCAUGGUAGUCACCACGAUCGCGGUCGCAGACGAAGUCGCAUCUAUGAGGACAACCUUUCUGAGGCGAAAUUUUCAAACGUUUCGAUGAGAAGCAUCAACGCGAGUAUACACAACAACAAGCGAAUGAGUAUGCGCAAUUUUACUGGAAGGUUUAGUGACACGUCCAGAAGAAGGAGUGAUCACAAUCCAGUGAUUCACUCGGGGAAAGUACAGGCAGCUAAUAGUACCAGUGGAGACGUGGACAGAUCCAGCAACGUGAAAAAACAUUUCAAGGACCAUUUCGGAGACCAGUUGAGACCCCAUUUCGUUCACUCCAUUCCUAUGGGCAGAAAGGUAACAAAUGACAAACCAUGUGAAGAUCGCAUGGGUAUGCCCAUAGGAAGAGGCUGCGAUUCUUUCCACUCCAAUAGGAGCUGCUCCUCGAAAUCCAAGUUCAAGCUGAAAAGCCACCUCAUUUCGAAUAGCAACCAUAUGCGUAACAUGUCCAGUGAUAUAAACAUGACGAUUGCCAAGGACAUAAAAAAUUACUACAGUUCAAAGGCGAGCAUGCUAUCUGGCAGGAGUGAGAAAGUGUCUAAUAGACACUCGUCAUGUCUUCAGAAAGGAGCUAAUGGAGGAAAAGAUGUGGAAGCGAAAACAGAUUGGUGUGGGAAACAGUUGAGUAUAGAAAAGCUUAGUAAAUUAACUCCAGCAGCAGUAAGAAAAAAAAUCAACUGCGAUUUGUUCGAUUAUGCUCACCAUGAGAGGAUUCUUAGAAAGAAAUACACCUCAGCUUAUGCGUUUAAACGGGAAACAAGUUUGAAAAGGAGAGAUAGCCGCGGGAAGGCCACUGAACGGAGCGUUUCACAGGUGAAUGAAUCGGAGGGGAAAAAUCAGGACGACCACGAAGAACUGAGCGACAGCGGGGACUCCAUUAAAAGGGUCAAACUGUACUUGGACAAGCAGAGGGAGAAGAAAAAUCCGCCCGCUGUUUCAACCGCCACACCCAGCAAUGUGCCUACGGACGCUCCUAACACUAUGCCUGCCACUGCUCCUACCACUAUUGCUGCCACAGCACCUACCACUAUGCCUGCUGCCGCCGUCCCCACUAGUGCGAAGAAGCAUGAUGGGGUAUCUGCGAGAGGACGUACCAAAGAAGUUACCACUGGAACGGUCCUAAUCAGGAAGGGAAAAAAAACAAACGAGGCAAAUUCGAACGCCAAGGGGAGUCACAUCCAGUCGCGAGAUGUAACUGGAACCAAGUUGAAAACAAACGAAACGAAACAGCCACAAGACGUGUUAGGAAGUGUAAAGAAAAGCAUAGGUGCAGACAUAAAGGAAAAUUUUAGAAAGGAAUUAGAGGAGUUAAAAAGGAGGAAAGACAUACUGGUCUCGAAGCGAAGGGAUUACCGUGACUUGUCCUUCGGCAGUACGAGCAGCAGUGAUUGCGGCCGGGAUGGUGGCAAGGCCGCUGAAAAGGUGGGGAAUCCAGGCAAAGGGGGGGCGCAGUGUAAAGCUGUGAAUAACCCUUUGAAAGAAUCGAACAUUCUAAACAUCUCCUUCAAUGACCUUGAUAAGAGAAUAAGUAACUUGAAAAAUUAUUUGAGGAAUACCAACACGUGA